UGCUCCUGACUCCUGUGAUUGAAGUGAUCACGACUGUUAUCAGUUAUCCUAAACAGAGCAUCACGCUGGUCACAUGUCCAGCUCGCGCACUGUGGGAAACUUACCUAUGUAUUCCACAGUCGUCAAAGGCCCUGUCGCCUACUUGGCUUGGGUAACAACUUCAUAUUUGUGUCACCUCUCAACGAAAUGUUUCUUGACAACCUCACAAAGACAUUUUCCCUGGAUCCCCGGCCUUGUCUGGGCGUGUCUUGCUGCAUCAUCACAGAUGGGUCUCUGUCUCCUGAUGAUGAAACAGGCUGUCCAAAACAACGCCCCUACCAGCGGUGUAAGGCGCCACCUGCCGGCACUCGGCCACCUCGUCGGGACACUCUGUAGUAACUGUAGCAUGACAUUCUUAGAGGCUUCCUCAACCAUUGCCAUCAGACUCAUGGAACCUAUCACAACUGCCCUUUUAGAUGCAUUGGUAUACAGAACAUCACUUCCAGUGUCGGUGCAAACCAGCCUACCAUUGGUCGUGAUUGGGUGUAUCAUUUUCUCUGGUCAGUCCUUUAAAAACAUCGAUCACCUGUCGGGGAUAAUAUUUGCACUUAUGUCAAAUUUAGGUUUUGGUUUGAGGAACAUUGCCAUAAAAAAUAAAGGCGAAUGUGAAAUUAAAGUGCGUUCACGCAACGCACUGAUCUUCAGUUUCUUAGCAUGGACGUCAGUGGCCAUUUUGGAUAUUCAUAAACUCGGACCUGGUAUGCAUGUUGUGUUCCUUCUUUCGUCAUCAACAGAGUUUCACGUGUUGUACUCGUCCCUGUCGACGUGUGUGGUGCUUAAGGAGGUGUCAGUUAUCACACAUGCCGUCCUUAACAAUCUGAAGCGGCUCCUCGUGGUGAUGUUUCUAGUGUUGGCUGGAUCGAGGUCCCUGUCGCUCUCAAACCUUGGAGGACUUACUUUAGCAGUUUUGGGCCUUGGAAUAUAUACUAUGGGGAAGGAUACCUCAACAGGUUUAAGAGUUGAAACAGGUCUCAAGUAUCGAAAGCAAAUACUGUUUCUUCUACUGGCACUAAGUUGCGGAGUAUACACAACACUAAGUCUUUCGGUUCAACCAGACAAACGGGAGCCUUAUGAAAAGCUAAAAAUAAACACCUCUCAUUGGAUGUCUGUCCUCAACAGGCUAGACAACAUCACUCACGUCCGUCCAAACAAACAACCAUCUCCAAAGGCUUUCCGAACCUACCAGAAAUGGAAUUUAGUGGAUCAUCCUAACAAGACAGAUUUCUACCUACCUUUCUUAAACAAAAGCAAUGAUCUUAUCACUGAGAUGCAACGUGUGCAGGUCAACAUAUUCCAAACUCUUCUAAGAAAUUAUAAAUAUGCAUUUCUGUUUGACAUUAACGCCUUUGAGAACAAAGGAGACCCUGCCAUAACCGUCGGCGAAGUUUAUCUCCUGAGACGGCUGGGCAUUCAUCUCGUAUACUACUGUAACACGUGUGUGUGUGAGGAAAGUGGGGUCCUGGAUAAAGCCCUCUCGUUAAGCAGAAACUACAGUAGAGAGAACACAGUUGUGUUGCUGCACGGAGGAGGCAAUCUCAUUGGCUAUUUACAAAACGACGUUCUUCGGGACCAGAUUCUAAGCCGUUUUUAUGAGCAUUUUAACAUUUUGAUGUUCCCACAAAGUAUAUGGCUAAAAGGAGGUCACCUACCCGCGCACAGAAUGGUGUAUGUGAAAGAAAUUUACCAAAAGUAUCCAAAUAUUACAUUCCUUUUAAGAGACAGGAAGUCCUUUGCUAUAGGACGAGAACUAUUUCCGAGGCAAACGCUGUUCUUAGUGCCAGACAUCGUGUUUCAAAUAGGAUCUAUCCCUAGGUUUAUGUCUCCAAUAUACGACAUACUGUGGCUCCGACGGGCUGAUGAUGAAACACCCAACUACACCAUCCCGUCCUUAAUGGGGCCUUACACUGUACACGUGGCAGACUGGACAUCAUUCAUAUCACCUAAAGGCGAGACGUCCAUGGAGAAUGCCUUUCUUCACACCAGUACUGGCGCCAUGUUUCUUCAGAGAGGGCGAGUGGUCAUUACUGACCGUCUGCACGGACAUAUCCUCUCCACUCUGUGCGGAAUCCCCCACGUCAUGCUGGACAAUCCUGCGCGAAAGCUGACGUCAUUUCACGAGACCUGGACGAAAGGCUUGACCACAGCGUUGAUGGCCACAUCCAGUGAACAGGCAUUGAAGCUAGCUGUUGAUAUUCUGGAAAAACGAAACCAUUCUCUGCCCGGACUCAUAGCUUAUAACGACGUGAGAGAACAUUUACCUUGAAGAACUACUAGAAAGGAAGAAACAUAGUAUUUCACUAUCGGUCCGAGAAGAACAGACUAGUCA